ACUUUAUCAUCUACUUCAACCACAGCAGCUGCCUCUACGACAACCACUGCAGCUCUAACUACAACAACUGCUGCUCAAACGACCACUACAACUCCAGAACCUAUUACGACAACCACUGCAGCUCCUGCUACAACAACUACAACUUCAGCUCCUACGACAACACCAACAACAACAACUACAACAACUGUAGCUCCUACGACAACUGCAGCUCCUACAACAACUUUAUCGUCCACUUCAACCACAGCAGCUGCCUCUACGACAACCACUGCAGCUCUAACUACAACAACUGCUGCUCAAACGACCACUACAACUCCAGAACCUAUUACGACAACCACUGCAGCUCCUGCUACAACAACUACAACUUCAGCUCCUACGACAACACCAACAACAACAACUACAACAACUGUAGCUCCUACGACAACUGCAGCUCCUACAACAACUUUAUCAUCUACUUCAACCACAGCAGCUGCCUCUACGACAACCACUGCAGCUCUAACUACAACAACUGCUGCUCAAACGACCACUACAACUCCAGAACCUAUUACGACAACCACUGCAGCUCCUGCUACAACAACUACAACUUCAGCUCCUACGACAACACCAACAACAACAACUACAACAACUGUAGCUCCUACGACAACUGCAGCUCCUACAACAACUUUAUCAUCCACUUCAACCACAGCAGCUGCCUCUACGACAACCACUGCAGCUCUAACUACAACAACUGCUGUUCCUACGACCACUGCAACUCCAGAACCUAUUACGACAACCAGUGCAGCUCCUACUACAACAACUGCUGUUCUAACGACCACAGUGACUGCAGCACCUUCUACAACAACUACAACUUCAGCGCCUACGACAACCACAACAGCAACACCUACAACAACUGUAGUUCCCACGACAACUGCAGCUCCUACAACAACUUUAUCAUCUACUUCAACCACAGCAGCUGCCUCUAUGACAACCACUGCAGCUCUAACUACAACAACUGCUGCUCAAACGACCACUACAACUCCAGAACCUAUUACGACAACCACUGCAGCUCCUGCUACAACAACUACAUCUUCAUCUCCUACGACAACCACAACAGCUACACCUACAACAACUGUAGCUCCCACGCCAACUGCAGCUCCAACAACAACUUUAUCAUCUACUUCAACCACAGCAGCUGCCUCUACGACAACCACUGCAGCUCUAACUACA